AUCUUCAAUGCUGCUCUCAUUUUGUGGAGUUCAUCACUUGUGCAUGUGCAACACAUUGGCGGAGGCAAUACGAACUGCAUUUCUCACUAGCUGGACAAGUCGGAAUGGCAAUGCACCUUGGAGAACAAGACUCGAAUUGUGAAAGUCUGGUGGUUUCACAGAACUUUGUUUUAUGUCAAGAUGGGCUGACACCAUGUCACCUGAUGCUGUCACUCUCUGGUUUGACUGGCAUUUCACGACCUUCGGGAUCAGCCCACAUAUGGGGAGUGCUUAAUGCUUGCUUCACUUCUGCCUCGGGUUGGCCUGGUAUUGCACUUUCUUCGGGAUCGGCCCACCGUAUAAAAAUUGUUGGUCUAUGCGCGGAUGCGAUCUGCCAGAUCCUCACCAUAGACAGCUUCACUGUAAAAAAAGUGGUCUAG